UCCCGCCCCGCCGCCCGGGCGCCGCGCCCGCCCCGCCCCCGUCCCCGCCCGCCCGCGGGCCGCCCCGGGCAGGGCCUACAGCUGCCGGGCAUGGGAGGGCGACCGGCGGCGGAGGGUGGCUGAGCGCGGCCGAGGGACCGCGCGGUGGCCUCCUGUCGCUGCGCGUUCCACUCCCGGCCGCUCGCAGUUCACAGCCAAGAACGAGCUGGCUGGCUACAGGGACCCGGCCCGGUGGCAGCAGUGGCGUGGUACUCUCUCGCUGUCCCGUUGAGUUAGUGGCGCUGUCCCCGCGCGAUGCGCUAAGGGCACCCAGAUCCCUAUACCAGCGUCUCUGCUGCGCCCCGAGUCGCCGACCCCAUGGGACCCACGGGCACCAUGCGCAGCGUGCGGGCGCCACCGUCUCAGCUGCUGCUGCUGCUGCUGCUACUCUUUCUGCAGGUGGCAGUGCCGGCGGGAGCGCUGGCUGAGACCCUGUUGGACGCACCCGGGGCCAGGGGUGCCAGCUCCAACCCGCCAAGCCCAGCCAACGUGGUGGCCCCGGGAACGACACCGUUCGAGGAAAGUCGGUUGCCUGUGUUCACCCUGGAUUACCCCCACGUGCAAAUCCCUUUUGAGAUCACUCUGUGGAUCCUACUGGCUUCCUUGGCCAAGAUUGGUUUCCAUCUGUACCACAAAUUGCCCACGAUCGUGCCAGAGAGCUGCCUUCUCAUAAUGGUCGGACUUCUACUCGGUGGGAUCAUCUUUGGUGUUGACGAAAAGUCUCCCCCAGCCAUGAAGACGGAUGUGUUUUUCCUGUAUCUCCUGCCACCCAUCGUUCUGGAUGCUGGCUACUUCAUGCCCACUCGCCCCUUCUUUGAGAACUUCGGCACCAUUUUCUGGUAUGCCGUGGUAGGCACGCUGUGGAAUUCCAUUGGCAUUGGGGUGUCUUUGUUUGGCAUCUGCCAGAUUGAGGCAUUCGGCCUCAGUGACAUCACGCUGCUCCAGAACCUGCUGUUUGGCAGCUUGAUCUCAGCCGUGGAUCCCGUGGCUGUGCUUGCUGUCUUUGAGAACAUUCACGUCAAUGAGCAGCUCUACAUCCUGGUCUUUGGCGAGUCUCUGCUCAACGAUGCUGUCACAGUGGUCCUAUACAACCUGUUCAAGUCAUUCUGCCAAAUGAAAACCAUCCACCCCAUCGACGUGUUUGCGGGCAUCGCGAACUUCUUCGUCGUGGGAAUUGGCGGAGUGCUCAUCGGCAUCCUCCUGGGAUUUAUAGCUGCCUUCACCACCCGUUUCACACACAACAUCCGGGUCAUUGAGCCACUGUUUGUCUUCCUGUACAGCUACUUGUCCUACAUCACCGCUGAAAUGUUUCACCUCUCAGGCAUCAUGGCAAUCACGGCGUGUGCCAUGACAAUGAAUAAGUACGUGGAGGAGAACGUGUCUCAGAAGUCCUACACGACCAUCAAGUACUUCAUGAAGAUGCUGAGCAGCGUGAGCGAGACCUUGAUCUUCAUCUUCAUGGGCGUGUCCACCGUCGGGAAGAACCACGAGUGGAACUGGGCUUUCGUCUGCUUCACGCUGGCCUUCUGUCUGAUCUGGCGGGCACUGGGUGUCUUUGUGCUGACUCAAGUGAUUAACUGGUUCCGGACCAUUCCUCUGACCUUCAAGGACCAGUUCAUCAUUGCCUAUGGAGGGCUGCGAGGUGCCAUCUGCUUCGCGCUGGUGUUCCUCCUCCCUGCUACUGUGUUUCCCCGGAAGAAGCUCUUCAUCACGGCCGCCAUUGUUGUUAUAUUCUUCACAGUCUUCAUCCUGGGGAUAACUAUCAGACCCCUGGUGGAGUUUCUUGAUGUUAAGAGAGCCAAUAAGAAGCAGCAAGCUGUCAGCGAAGAGAUCCAUUGCCGGUUUUUUGAUCAUGUGAAGACUGGAAUUGAAGAUGUUUGUGGACACUGGGGUCACAACUUCUGGAGAGACAAGUUUAAGAAAUUUGAUGACAAAUACCUUCGGAAGCUCCUGAUUCGGGAAAACCAACCCAAGUCUAGCAUCGUGUCUUUAUACAAAAAGCUUGAGAUAAAACACGCCAUCGAGAUGGCGGAGACGGGCAUGAUAAGCACUGUCCCCUCGUUUGCAUCUCUUAACGAUUGCCGUGAGGAGAAAAUAAGGAAGCUCACACCAGGCGAGAUGGACGAAAUUAGGGAGAUUCUAUCAAGGAACCUCUAUCAAAUCCGCCAGCGGACCUUAUCAUACAACAGACACAACCUGACAGCAGAUACCAGUGAGAGGCAGGCCAAGGAGAUCCUGAUCCGCAGACGGCACAGCCUCCGGGAGAGCCUCAGGAAGGACAACAGCUUAAACCACGAGCGCAGGGCUUCCGCUUCAACCUCUCGGUAUUUAUCCUUACCUAAAAAUACAAAGCUUCCAGAGACACUCCAGAAGAAGAAGAAGAAGAUCCCAAAUGAAGACGGCAACAGCAGCGACUCGGACACAGAUCCCGGGACCACCGUGCUCAAUUUGCAACCUCGCUCCAGGCGCUUUUUGCCAGAUCAGUUCUCAAAGAAAGCCUCCCAGGCCUACAAAAUGGAGUGGAAGAACGAGGUGGACGUGGGCUCUGCACGAGUGCAGGCCAGCACCCCUCCAGCACCCCGCAGUAAAGAGGGGGGCACCCAGACACCGGGGGUACUGAGAGAGCCACUGCUCUCCAAAGACCAACAGUACGGCCGGGGCAGGGAAGACAGUCUGACUGAAGAUGUUCCACCCAAGCCCCCACCGAGGCUGGUGCGACGGGCUUCAGAACCCGGGAACAGGAAAGGCCGCUUCGGCAGUGAGAAGCCAUGAUGGGAAAAGCCAAAGCAGACUUGGGAUGAAUUGAGCUAGCAGGGCUGUGGCUUGUUACUCAAAUCUGAUCGACUAUGGAAUCCACGUAAAGCCCUCUCUCUAGAAACAUCCUUUGGGUGGCAGAGUCAAGCCACUGAAGAGCACUUAUCUAUCCCAAGAAGAGGAAAGUCAAAGGAAGGAAGUCCCACUAAAUGACUUUGUGACUUAUGACUAGGAAAUGUAUUCUUUGCAGACCUGAAGGAAAAAAAAAUAUGUGUGCCUUUAUUGAACUUGAAUGACAGAACUUGAAGAUUUUAACACACCUUUGUGGGUGAAAAUUUUAAUAUAUUACAAAUAUGCCUCAGUUUUUAUUUAUGAAAAAAAUGUGUUUAUCUGUAGUGACCGUUUUUUUUUAAGGGGAUGGCGCUAAAAGUGGUGAGACCAUCUUUCCAAGGGGGGGUGAAGGUCAGCUGCUAGAGGUGGGGCCUACGCUCCAGCACCCACCUUUCCCAUCCUAAGCUCAGUGAAGGACAGCAGUGUCCGUAGCAGAGACCUCGGUGUGCAGUGGCGGCGGCACACUGGUUGGAACGGUAGGCAGAUGAAAUGGCAUAGCUUCCAGAGUGUAGGUUUCAGAGUCCCUGCACGACUCAGAAACGAUGAGGUUCAGACAGCUCUUACACUGCUCCUGUGUUUACCACGGCUUUGGAGUAACAUAUAGUCUCCACCUCCCCUUCUUUUUCUAGGUACAGAAAGAAAGAUUUGCACGAGCAAAAUCAAUUUCAGAGUGUUUAUACACUUGGUGGCAGCUUCAGGAUGUCCUGCCCGUCGGGACAUCCUGUGGCCAGUGGGGGGCCAGGGAAGCAACUACUGACCGUGGGUGUUAGAUUGUGUGAUACUGGGAGAAAAGGGGAGGUGGCGCCAUUCGUAAGCAUCCCUGACCACCUGCUGUAGUAAAACUGUCCUGUAGGGAAUGCAGAGCUCCAAGCUGGGAAGGGCGAACACUUACACAAACCGUCUUCCAACGUCGAAGGAAAUGGGGAGUCUUCAGGCUUUGACUUUGGAGGAGAAAGCACUUUGGAGAGAAAUCCCACUCUUUGCACUAGUCUGUGAUUGGUUACCUCUUCACCUUCCGAUGACGUAGUGACGCAGAUUUGUCUUUCUACACGAGAUUCUAUUCUCUGGAGUACUUUCUAGGAGAGAGAAACAGUGGGACGCAAUCAUUAAAGAUUCAUAUUUAAAUCAAUGUUUUUUUAAGCUGUAGAUUUAUUGACUUGUCAUUUGUUUUCUGGAUAAUUAUCCUUUCACACUUCCCCAGGUUUCCAUUUUGAAUGAAGCCACUACUAUAGUUUUUACUGGAGUCCCUUUGGCCACAGCCAGGGUCACAAAGCAGCAUGGAAGGGGUCCUUCUCUGCUUUAUUGUGGCUGUGGCAAAACGCUCUGACCAAAAAGCAAGGCAGAGGAGGAAAAGGGGUUAUUUUCAUCUUAUACUUCUGGGUCUCAGUUCAUCACUCAGGGAAGUCUGGGCAAGAGCUGAAGCAGAGACUAUGGAGGAAGGUUCCAGGCUGGCUUUCAGGCGUCUGCUUAGCUUAGCUCCUUAUACAGGGCGAGGCCCACCUUAGAGAUGGUGAGGGUCACAGUGGACUAGGUCCUCCCACAGCAAUCGUCAGUAAUGACUAUCUUCUCAGACAUGGUGGGUUGCAGGCAGGGCAAUUCUUCCAUUGAUAUUCCUUCUUCCCAGGUGACUCUACGCCAUUUCAAGUUGACAACAAAAAUUAACAAGGACAGAGGGGAAGAACAUGCUAAGUGUCACAGACAGGCUCUCUGCCCUCAUCAAUGUGGCUUUUCUGGAGUUCCUGUCUUGAGAUACGGUUAGGCCAUCACGUGACAGGGGAAGAAAGCACAGUUAGAGCAUGCCCGUCCCCAGCUACCCCAGAGAGAUCCAGAGAAAGCUGUGUAAAACACAACUGGAAAGCCACAUGCUUAGGACUCUGUGCCAAAAAAAAAAAAAAUCUCUAUUUUAAAUGACUAUAUUUUAUAAACCAUGUAUUCCUUCAUAGUGAUAAUAAUGACUUCUGGCGAGGAAGGCAGACGUUGAAAAUCACCUUCAAAUACUUUUACUGGUUUUCUAGAUGAAUGAAUAAUACAAAGAAUAAUACCUUUCUGAUUCUGAAAGAAGAAACAUGAAAUAGGAUGUUAUGACAUUUCAGGCUAAAUAAUCAGACCAAAAUCAGCUUUCACUAAAGAAAACAUCACAUUAAAUAUCUGAGCGACAUUGUAUACAUUUCAGAAAAGGAAUACCUAAGUAAUUUAUUUUAAUUAUUAUCAGUUUAAAUUUUUAAAAUUUGUUUGAUGACAAAGUCAAUAAAAUAAAUUUGAUGUUAGCCUUUCUCUGUACUUUCUUAUU